AUGGGGUGCCUGCCGUGCUUUGGGUCGAGCGGCAAGGGGGAGCCCGCCAAGAAGGGCGGCGCGCGGAAGGACGUUCCGUCGGAUCGCCGCGCCACCGGGGUCGGAUCAGAUAAACCAAAACCACAAGGUUUAUUGGACUCUAAGAAGGAUACAGUUAUCCCAAGGGAGGGAAACAAUCAACAUAUUGCAGCACACACAUUCACUUUUCGUGAGCUUGCUGCUGCCACUAAGAACUUCAGACAGGAUUGCCUAUUGGGCGAGGGAGGUUUCGGCCGUGUAUAUAGAGGACGUUUGGACAAUGGACAGGCUGUUGCAGUUAAGCAACUUGAUCGCAAUGGACUUCAAGGUAACAGAGAGUUUCUGGUUGAGGUCCUUAUGCUCAGUCUAUUGCACCACGAUAACUUGGUAAACCUAAUUGGAUACUGUGCUGAUGGGGAUCAACGUCUUCUUGUAUAUGAAUAUAUGCCGCUAGGAUCACUUGAGGAUCAUUUGCACGACAUUCCACCUGAAAAGGAACCUCUUGACUGGAAUACACGGAUGAAGAUUGCUGCUGGUGCUGCCAAGGGAUUAGAAUACUUGCAUGACAAGGCAAGUCCUCCUGUUAUUUACCGGGAUUUCAAGUCGUCAAACAUUCUUCUUGGCGAAGAGUUUCAUCCAAAGCUAUCUGACUUUGGCCUUGCAAAACUUGGCCCUGUCGGUGAUAAAACCCAUGUUUCAACUCGUGUUAUGGGAACUUAUGGCUACUGUGCCCCAGAGUAUGCAAUGACUGGACAGCUUACAGUUAAAUCUGAUGUGUAUAGCUUUGGUGUUGUGUUCCUUGAACUGAUUACUGGUCGUAAAGCAAUUGACAACACCAAACCACAUGGAGAGCAAAACCUAGUGGCGUGGGCUCGUCCUCUGUUCAAAGACCGCAGAAAAUUUCCAAAAAUGGCUGAUCCGGCACUUCAGGGCCGCUUUCCUAUGAGGGGUCUGUAUCAAGCUUUAGCCGUUGCUGCAAUGUGUUUGCAAGAGCAAGCUGCCACUCGGCCUUUCAUAGGAGAUGUGGUCACUGCUCUUUCAUAUCUUGCUUCUCAGGCGUAUGAUCCAAAUGCACCCACUCAACAUAGUCGGAGCAAUGCAUCUACCCCCAGAGCCAGAGACCGUGGUAGUGUGAACGGCGACCAGCGGCGUAUCCGGUCGCCAAAUCACCAUUCUCCAGAUCUGAGGAGAAAAGAAGCCACAACAACAUCGAAGUAUGAAGCCGAGGUUAGCAGGAAUAGUUCUGGUGGUGGUUCUGGUAGACGAUCAGGCUUGGAUGAUAGGGAUGUGACAGGUUCACAACAGGGUAGUCCUGCUCAGGCAGGAAAGAGGAGGGAAACUUCAAGGACCUCUGAGAGGCAGCGUGCUAUUGCAGAGGCUAAGACAUGGGGUGAGAAUUCUAGAGAGAGGAAAUGGCCGAAUGCUCGGGGCAGCUUCGAUAGUACAAAUGAGUAG